AACCACAAUCCUCGUCUCCAUAUAGCAAUCUGCCGUCGGCUGUUGUUUCAAUCAAGACGCACUCCCCCCUUUUUGUUGUGAUUUGUCUUGCGCACUCGACGUUUUUGGAUGCAACAACAGCGGGCGCUUCACCGCUUCUCGGAAGCCAGAUCCGCUGCAUCUGUGUUUGUUCUGCUCGCAUUGCUGCUGCAGUCGGUGUGCGCGGUGGGCGAACGCGCGCCAGACCCGCCCGCACCGCCGCAAAACACGUCCACCCCAGCUCAGGUGGUCUCGACAUGCUACGACUUCCUCGAGAGCCACCUGUGCGCAGGCGAGCUGUGGGGCCUCCCCUUCCACUUCUACCGCCCCUCGCUGCAAAAGUACAGCCCCGACCAGUGGCUCUGGGACAGCGGAUCGCACAUGAUUGUCUGGUCACACCGCAAUGUCACCAACUCCAUCCUCGACCUGCGCACCAUGCUGCAGAUGCAGCAGCCCGACGGCCGCAUCCCGGAGGAGAUUUUCUGGGGCAACCGCACCGAUGCGCAGCGUCUCGAGCUGCUCGACAACUGGAGCAACGAGCGUGCGUGCGACCUGACUCAGAUGCCGGUUUUGCCGUGGAGCCUGCGCGCCAUCAUUAACGCUACCCUGGCGACAGCAGGUCCUGUUGCGGCGCAGAAAAUUGCCGAAGAGUUUCUCCUCCCGCUCAUCAAGUACUUCCGCUGGUGGCGCGACACUCGCGCGGUCGAUGGCGAUGACCUUGUGUACGUCUUGCACGGCUGGGAGAGCGGUCUCGACGCGUCGCCCGCUUACGACCAAGCCUACGGGAUUCCUGAGGACGUGCCACAGCCGCCGUACCUGCUGCUCUACCCACGCUUUGAAGAGCUCAUCUUGACGUACAAGUUCCUGUACGGCUGGAACCAGACGGCCAUCCUUCACGCGCCGCACGCCAUCGACGGCCUUCCCCUGUUCAACUUUUUCCACAUGAAGGACGUCGGCGUGAACAGCAUCUACGCAGCUGGCUGGGCCCUUCUUGGUGCGAUUGCCGAGUCGAUCGGGCAGGCAGGUCUUGCGGCAGAGUGCUACGCUUCGGGCAACGCCACUGCGAAGGCCAUCACGACCAAAAUGUUCGACCCGCAGACGCGCAGGUUCUUCCAUCUGUACAAGAACGUGCACACGGGAGAGGAGAAGCGCGCGUCCCAAAACACGGUGCAGACGCUCUUGCCGCUGCUCCUCCCCGUCCUGAACGUGGGCAAGGACAUUGCCGACGACAUCAUCGCGGGCGAUCUGACAAACACGUCCAAGUACUGGUCGACCUUCCCUGUUCCAACCACGUCGAUGGACUCGCCUUCGUUCAACCCGGUCUUUUCGGAGAGCGACGACCUGAUGUGGCGCGGCCCGACAUGGGGCUUUACCAACUGGUUUGUGAUUGAGGCGCUCAGCUCGCGCAAUUACACGGCCGUAGCCGACGCUCUUGUCCAGAGGUGGCUCGCCCUUGUCGAGAAGAGCGGCAUUUGGGAGCAGUACAACCCGAUCACUGGCGAUCCUUACGGCGCUGUGGGUCUCGGCAUGUCCACUCUGAUUGUCGAUUGGCUCUACCGCACGGGGAUUGUUCGUGAUUGAAAAUGUUUGUCGCUUUUCGAGGUUUGUUUCGGAUGAUUGUUGUUUACACACGCGAUGAUUGUUGUUUACACACGCGGCACCCUCCGAGUUCAAAACCAGUAUUUUCGGCUGGAUGAGCGAUAUUCGAUGGCUUCCAGCUGCCGCGUUCUUGGCGCUGACUUGUACUGCAUAUCAUUCAUUCGCACUUCCAUGAUACGUUGUCAGUGUCGUUUGCAAUCAGG